GUUGUCUAUCUCGCUCUGAACGGCAUGAACAAUGGGGAGCUCACCAUCAGACAUCGUGUCGGACACUCUUCAGCGACUAUCAGCCAAAGCUGGCGUACUUGCGACUUUGGCGAUAGAUCGGAAAUCAUCGUCUCUACUCUCAUACAAGGGGACCCUGAAUCUUCUCUUUUCAUCAACGUCAACAUUGAAUGUGUCCGCUGCGGCGGCCCGCACAACUGGAACAUCUGCCUCAGUCACCGCGACCUCCCCCCCACCGACCGCCGCCGCGGCAGAUUCUGGAACUGGUUCCGUCACGGACGAAGAGAAAAUCAAUGAUUUCGUGCAGAUGAUUUGGAGAUACGUCAAUGGCACAGAACAAAUGAUUCAGGGUAUGGAUGAAGAGGACGAUCUCAAGCUCCUACGACUUCGAACGAAGAAACACGAACUCGUCAUUGUCCCAGAUUCCAAAUUCAUCUUUGUUGUGGUUCAUGAUGUCAAGUCUUCAUAGCUAUUCGAUCUGAUUUUACAUGGCUGGCGUUGACGGACUCUCGAGGAUACGAUACCCAUGCAUGGCUCUGGCGAUGAUACCCAUGAGAUAUGAUACGAUACAAAAUGGGCGUUUGCACUUUCUACUUCUUUCAUUGCACCAAAAUGGGGUUCUUUUCUACAACUGGUUGUUUCUACGUGACAUAGAGAGGUUUCUACACGCGUUGUACACAUUGGCGCAUAUUUCCCGGCACCUUGCACUUCUCUUCCGUCUUCUGAUCAGUAAAAGGAGUCUAGCAUUCUGCAUGGAAAACUUUCUUCUGACUCUGUUCAUUUCGGCACACUCGUCUUCUGCACGUCAUUCAAUACUCUACUGCACGAGAAAGGGACACGGGUUGAAUGGUGGAACGAGUAAUGCAGCAUCCUCUAGUUUUCACAUGCACAAAAGAGAGCUUCGUUCUGGUGGCUGAACUAAUUUCUGCGUGUUGAGAUUUGGAAUGAAAGCUUUCCCCAC